GAACCGAGUAAUCCUUUUUCUGGCACGAAUUCUGAAAGAAUGCUUUCAGACUUUCAGUUUUCACGUUGAGAAACGUCUCUCGUCGUUGUUGAAAACUGUGUCUUACGCUCGAGACGUCACUGGCACCCACGCCAUGAUGGCGGCCCGUGGGUGUACAUAUGUGGCACGAUCGACAUACGCGACUGAUGAUUGAUCAAAUAAUGUAGCUGAACGUACGAGCGCGAUUCUCCGCGACGACCGCUCCCGGUGGGAGUACGUUUCGUCCGCAAAUAUUUACGAGGACUCGAAGCGAAUUCGGGAGGAGAGAGCGUGGUUAUGAUCCUGUUAUGUUUCACUGUGUCGCCUGGUCCCGUAGUAGUUCGGGUUCCCCGCAGAUAACUCGCGUUACCUUGGAACAACACCGAUAACCAAUCUGCGCUCGAGCCGACGUGAAUCACGCCGCUCCGAUCGCCGCUCAAGGAUUUCGCUUACACGUCGGUUAUCGCGCUUACCACGUUCGUGGCUUCCGCCAGUUCCGCGCGGCAGGAUGUUCAAGAAAUUCAAGGACAAGCUCGCGGAGGAGAUGAAACAGUCGCCCGCCAGGUUGCAGGCAAGCGUGCAGCAAUUGGCGCAGGCGGUUGUGUCGCCGGCUUUGUCCAACAGCUCGAUUCAGGAGGUGUCAGCGUCCAGCGACAAUUUCAGUUUGACAGAGGAUGGAGAUGAAACGCCCAAAAACACCCCAGUGAAGCACAGUUUCCAGACGAUCGAUCUGAUGUCACCGUCCCCGAACCGACUGGAGAUUUCGAGGAGGUCCUCGGUGAGCAGUGUCACCAGCGACGCGUCUUCGCUGUUCCCAAUGUACGAAAGUCCUCCGAAUCUAUAUCAUUUACAGUCGGACAUGGAUCAAUCGGCUAGCGAGGUAGACGACAACAUUAGUCCCCAUCUCGAUCGGGUCACCAAGGAUCAAUUGUAUUCCGCUUACCGCAAGGUUCAAGCAAAGUAUCACAAGUAUCGCGGUAGGUACACGGAUCUGGCCACGCACUAUCGCGAGCUGGACAAAGUAAAGUCGAAACUGGAGUCUGUCCUGGUGGAGACGCAGGACAAAGUUCUCAGACGAAUAACCGAUCUGAAGGAGCAGUGCCAGUUGGAGCAACAAGCAAAGGCGCACCUGGAGGAGGCACUGAGAAACGACAUAGAAGAGAAGGAUCACAUUAUAAGCACGCUUAAUACAAAGGUGAAAUUGUUGCAAGCGAGCGGACCAACGUUGGAGAAUGCGGUGUCGGAGGACGCUCGAGGACCGAACGAAGGCUCGGAAGUUAAUCUGAUUGAUCUGGGGCGAUUGAUGAGCGGCGAACCGCGCAGCGACGAGAGCAACGCGCUGUCAACGGAGAACGCUCAGCUGAAGGAAAAGCUGAAGAAGUUGGAAGCUCUCGUCUUGAGGUACAAGGAGUCCUUGAAACGCAACAAGGAGAAAUUUACGGAGGUGACGAAAGAGAAGAGUACCCUGGAGAACGAGCACGAAGCGCUAAAGAGCUCGACUGCCGAGAGGAUAGGCGCGCUGGAGGGCGAAUUGAGCGCGGCGCGAGUCGAGAUCGAGAAUCUGACGGGGCAGGUGGACACUCUGCAGAGACGCGAGGAGGAGUCGGCCAUCUCCUUAGCCGAGAACAAGCUUUCGGUGCACCGGGAGCUCGAGGAGAAGGAGGAGCAGAUCAAGCAGCUUCGAACGGACCUGAAGCGCACGACGGAGGAUAGGGAGAAGUUAAACGAAGCGAUAGCGGGAUACAAAGCCGAAUUGGGUAAACUGAAAUCCACGUACGCCGAGUCGAACGCAAUCGCGGAUAAGGCGGUGCAAGACGCGUCGAGGGAGACGUCGGCGGCAACGCAACAGGCGGGAAUGAAGCACCGCGAGGAAAUCGAUCACGGUAAAGAGGCAGGAUCGGGCAGAGACGAAAACACGAUAGAUGAAUUGACGUUACGAUUAAAGGAAAGGGAGGCGGAAUUCCAAGAAACGCAGCGCAAAGUGGACGGGUUGGAGAAACAAUGCACGGAAUAUCGAAACGAGAAGGAAUCGUUCCGCGCCGAGCUGUCGGCUUACAAGACCACCUGCACGGAAUUGCGGAACGAGUACGAUGCGCAAAAAAUCGUGAUGGAGGAGAGCCGGAAGAAGGCCGACGCGACGAUCGAGCAACUUCAGGCGACGGUGCAGAGCGUCGACAAGGAAUUGGAGAACAUGCGGGACGCCUUGAUCGACCGAGAUCACGUGUGUGAAAAUUACAGCAAGAAGGUGCAGCAAUACGCAGCCAUGCUCGAAAAGGCCAAGCACAAAUUAACGGAACAGGAGACGCAGAUGAAGUCGCUGGAGAACGAGUUGGAAGACAAAACGAAGCUCUCAAAGACGCACGAGGAAGAAUCGAAGAUUAAAAGAACAGAACUGAAUACGUUACAAACCGAGUUGCAACUCUGCAGAUCGACAGUCGACGAUCUCAGAAAUAAGGUUCAAGCGGACAGUUCGACCAUAAGUUUACUGAAGAAAGAGAGGAGCGAUUUGACAAAUCGUCUUGUUCAUUACAACGACUGUAUACGGCGUUUAAGGCAGGACUGCGUUGAUGUCAGGAGCACCGUGAAAGAGGAAUUCUCGAGUCUGAAGACCAACAUGUCGGAUCUGUGCGCGACUCUCGCUGCGUCUCUCGUGAAACUCGAGCAGGAGAACGUGACGUUGAAGUCCGAGGUGGAGGAGCUGCAUUCGAAGCUGAAAGACUCGGAGCUAACGAGCACGAACGAGAUCGGGAAACUGCGAUCGGAAUUGGCUCAGGUGGUAAAGCUCAAGUCCACGUUGGAAGCGGAAUUGAAAGAUGAGCUCAAUGCAACGAAUACCAAAUUGAUAGCCGAGAGUGAUAACUUCAUUUUUAAAAUCCACGAUUUGGAAAAGGCGCACGAGGAAAAGUUGCGUGAACUAUACAGCGAGGUAGACAGUCUCGAUUGUAGAAAUCGCAUGUUAGUACGCGAGAAUGGCGUCUUGCAGUGCAAAUACAAUGAUGCCUUUGAAGAUGUAUCCGAGUUAGAACAGAAACUAGACAGGGCGAAAGAGAAAAUUAAAAUAAACGGCAUUGUAGACGAUGAGAGCGAUGACAGCAUGGAGGGCACGACUGAGAUGCAACUACGCGAGGCACAUUCGGAGAUUGCUCGCUUGAGGAGCGAUCUGACUGAGAAGGAAGACAAAAUAAAGUCGCAGGACGAGAAGCUGGCGAGCGAGAAGGAACAACAUGCACAAGACCUCGAAGAACAUCAAGAAAUCGUCCAAAAGUACCGAAAUUUGGAGGCUGAGUAUCAAGCGAUGAAUGAGAGCCACGCGAAGGAUACGGCCAACUUCAUGAAGAUCAGCAAGACGUUGCAAGAAACGGUAAACGUGAAGCUCGUGCAAUUGAAAAAGUUGAAAAUUAUCAAGGAACGGCAGAGCAAAACGAUCGAGGAGACGAACGCUGAACUGAGCAACUUGAAGAGCAAGCAUACAGAAUUGUCCAACACGUUGGAAACUUGUGAAAAGCAGGUAGAAUCGUUGAAAUUGGAGAAUGCCCAGCUCGCGAAAGUUACCUUGGAAAAUAAAGAUCUGAAAGACAAGCACAACGAUCUUCUGAGCCGUAAUGAAAGGCUUCGCGAGAACGAGGAGGCCUCGAAACGGAAAAUCGAAGAUUACGAGAGGGACAUUGAGGAAUUACGGAAAAUGGCGCAAGAUCAUGCGGAUUCAUACAAGUCUCAGCAGGAAGAGAUCGAGCGGUUGAACGACGAAUUAACGACCAGCAACAAAGAACUCGGGGAAAGGGAAAGGGAAUUGAGCGCCUUGAAAGAUUUAUUGACGGAGAAAGAGGCGGCGAUUAAACUGUUGGAGGAUGAAAAUUCCAAUACGCUCGCGCUGUCGGAAGAGAAAAUCACUGACCUGCAAUUGCGGGUUGAUUCGCUCGCUCGGACAAACGAUGCACUGCGAAAGGAAUUGGAAACCGCGCGCAAUGUCGAAGACACGAAAUCUCAGUUUGAGGGUGACAAGUUGCGCGAGGAGAACAAGAGAUUGGAGGCGCAGUUGGACGAGGCGUUGAUAACGUUCCAAGCAAAAGAAACGCAGAUGCAACUGCUGAACAAUGAGCUAAAGGCGCAAGCUAAUCAGUUGAGAGAACAAUUAAAGAUCAACGAGGAGGAGCAAGGAAUGCGGCUGAAGCAGCUAGUCAAGGAGUUUCAAGCACAGUUGCACGACAAGGAGGAGGAGCUUCAAGCCGCGUUGGAAAAACGUUUUGAUCGUCAACACAAUUACGAGUCGAACCUCGUGCAGCAGUACAAGGAACAAUUGAAAGAUUGUCAAAUAGAAUUGUCAGAAAAGUCGGAGCAGCUCGAGCACCUCGUUCUCGAGAAGAAAGAUGCGGUAGCGGAGAAGGGAAAGGAUAUUGACCGCCUGGUGGAGAAGAUUGCGCAGAUUAAGCAGGAACACGUUGACGAGAUGAAGGAAUUGGAGAAAAAAUGGAAAGUCAUAGUGCAACAGAGGAUCGACAAUCUGCACACUAAACACGAGGAGGAACUGAACGAAUUGACGAAGGAAUGGCAAAACGAAAGGAAGCCUGACGCGCAAACCGAAGCAGCUGCCGAGGAAUUGGAGAGCACUUCGCGCGUGGCGAUGGCUGCGAUACACACGAGUACCGGAUCGAUCCAUACGUUGCAACAAACCCUGACGUCUCAGAGGCGAGAACUGGCGGAACUCAGGAAGCUGGUGAAGUUACGUCAGGACACGUUGGAGGAUUCGACGGAGAUCGAGUACCUAAGGAAUAUUCUGUUCGAGUACAUGAUGGGAAGAGAGACCAUGGUGCUCGCCAGAGUGAUCGCCGCCGUUGUUAAGUUUGAUCAAGACCAGACGACAAAGAUACUCAAAAAGGAGGAAGACAAGUUGACGCUGUUUGGCUCGCUCGGCCUCGCGUAGUCCUCGACGUACAGCCGUUCUUCGUACGGGGCUGCACGGACUCCAUAGCUGAUUACUGUUAAUGCAGGCAUCUUCAGUUUCACGUGUAAAGAGGAAAGUGAGAAUUGUACAAAUUAGGAACAAUGCGUAAUGCAUACUCGCAGAUUUUUAUAAAUAUUAAUUUAACAAGAUGUUAUUGUGUGAUAAGGGCUUAAAUAAUAUUAUACGAGAAUAUAGACGAUAUUUGUC